AUGUCAGAAGAAUUAUCUAAAGAACCAUUGUCAAAUGUCAGUGAUAGUUCUUUUGUUAUUCUUGGUCCGGGAUCUUUUGCACCAUUAUCGGAUAAUGAAUCUUGGAACGAUGCGGAAUUACUAACAGAUAAACCAAACUCAGUUGUAGACAUGAAAAAUUCUCAAAAUCAAGACAUUUCAUUUAAAACAUUUACCAUAACCAACGAUGAGGGAGAUGCUCAAGACAAAUUGAAUCAUUUGUUGCAAGAAAAUCAAAAAUUGAAAGAAACUCUCAAUCAAAAUAAUUUAGCCAUUAAAUCGCAAUUGAACACAUUUUUCAUGUGGCAGCAAGAAGUUUUAAAAACUCACGAAACACACAAACAAAAAUUUCUAGAAACAAAAGAUUUAAUUUUAAAAUUACGAUUAGAAAAUGCAAAUUUGAAAAAACAAAUCGAAAACAUGACGACAACAACGACAAAUGAUUUUUCUCUACUUUCGAAUGGUGAUUCAAAUAUUAAAAGUAAUUUUUCACCUGGUGUAGAUUCAAUUAACAAACCUGAUUUGAACAUUGAUGAGGUUCAUAAUUUACAAAAAAACAUAUUAGAAUUAGAAAGAUUACAAGAGAAUGCAGAAAGCAACGAUGAAUGUUUAUCUCUCGAUAAAUACGAUUUACAAAAAACGAUAAAAAAAUUAAAACAUGAAAUAUUAAAUGUCAGUCAAAAAUUAAAAGAUUUUCAAUGUGAAAAUGAUUAUUUAAAAAAUAAAAUGAAAGAACAAAAUACCAAAUCACAGAAUGGUAGUAGCUUUGUACCUGUUUCGUUACCCAAUUCUGAGGCUCGUGUGCAAAUAAGUAAUUUACUUAAACAACUCGAUGACGAAAGACGAAAAGUUACCAUUUUGAAAAAAGAAAUUAAAAAAAUGAAAGUUUUAUUUUUAUCUAAAAAUGAUAAUCCAUCUGAUGAAUUAUCAAUUUGUGUGGAUGAAUUAAAUGACAUGAAUGAUUCUGUACAAAAUCAAAACAUGAGAUUUGAUGGAUUAAACAGUUGGAUUAAUUUAGCAGAAGAAACAGUUAUGGGAUCAAACUUUCAAAAAGAACAUCAAACUCAAAUACUAUCGGAAAUAUCACAUUUGAAAAAUUAUGUUAUGAGAGAAGAAAAAAUAUCAAAAGAAAAAGAGGAAAGUCUUAAAGUCAUGCACUAUCAAUUUAGUAAAUUAUUAAACGAUUAUAAAGAAUUGCAGGAAAAAUUAAAUGUAUUGAAUGAGAGCAAAAUGGAAAAUGAUAAAAUGAAAGGUGAUAUCAAUAGUCUUGUCAUUGAAUUAAAUGAAAAAGAUGAAAAAUUAAAAUCAAAAGAAGAUGAAUGUGAAAAAUUAAAAGAAUCAAUUGCGAAUCUUAAUUUGGAAUGUGAAAAAAUUCCAGUUCUUAAAGUUCAGGCUGAAUUAUAUGAGAGUGAUUUCAAAGAUGAAAGAGAAGCCAGAGAAAAACUUGUUGGGGAAAAAGAAAAAAUGGCUGAACAAAUAAGAAUAUUACAAACGAAAUUAGAAAAUUUAAAUUCUGAAAAAAAAGAAGGCAAUUCAAAUGAUCAAUCAUCAUCUGCAAAAGGAUCAUCCGAUACUUCCACGGUAUCACCUUUACAAAGGAAUAAAUCUCGUUUUGUUUGUCCGAAAUGUAUGUUUUCAUUUUCGAAUUUAAACACGUGCGAAAAACAUAUUGAUGAAUGUUUAAACAUACAUUUUUAUCCAUGA